CUACGAGGACACAUCGUCGUCAGUACCAGCACAACAUGAUAACACUCGAAUGGCAGAGGGCCCAGGCGGUAACGGCAUCAGCAGAAUAGGUUCGCGUCACGACGCCAAGCGUUCAGUUCAAAUACAUAGAUAGACAUCAUCUGCCAGCUCGAGCCCUCUCCACGCAAGCGCAUCGACGAACAAAGAACGGUACUCACCUCUAGUCGCAGAAGCUCCCAAAGACCGUCGGCGCACCGUCGUACAGGCUGACCGAUCCUCGUGAACCUAGAAGUGGCACUCUACCUCGGUGAGCAGGGUGUUGGAGGAUGCGGCGCCACAACUCGGGAGGCAGCAGGCAGGUCCCUCACGCGCCUCCGCGCACUCGAAUUCGCCGAAAGUCAGAAGGAGCGAACGCGGUGGGCCCGCCGCACCGUCCACAAUGUCCAUUCCAUUCCCGUAUCCGGUCCAGUACAGCAAGCGUCCUCGAAGAACGCAUCCAGAGUCCAAAACACAGCGCAUCCUCCGACCUCCUCCCAUCCGAGUCGCACACGCGCACACGGCGAACUCGAAAGCACCCUGCGAGUCUCCCCUCCUGCCGAGCCGAGCCCGAGUCGCGGGGCGCGCGUUCCGUCGGCGGGGUCCUCUCAUCGCCCUUCACCUCCCUCCCCCUCCUCCCCUCGCCCAGAGUCAGAACGACGCGGGCCCACGGUACUCGCCCUGCCUCUUCUCCAUCUCUCCGUCCGCGUGCGGAUGCAGGUUCGGGUUCGGGUUCGGGUUCGGGUGCGCCGUGGCGAGGGCGGCGAGGGCGGUGAGCGCGAGUGCGAGCGAGAGGCGCAUUACGAUCUUCCUGC